GUCAAAAUCCGUUGUGUCAUGUCAUUGUAAUAUUUUUGUAUCGGUGAACCAUUAGUUGAAAAGUGUAAAAAAAUAGAGAAAUAGAAACGAGGAGUUUAUAGGUGCACUGAAAAACUGGACUGAAAACUAGCCGCAAUGCAUUGGUACGGGGGAAGCAUGGCUGAGGCCGUGACUCUUUCAAAACAAAGAAAUGCUAUUUUUGUUGUUUUUGUCGAAGAUGAGAACCAGCUCUCCAAGGAGUUAGCUGAAACAUUAGAAGAUGGUGCUGUGAUGCAGAGGCUGUCAAAUCAGGACAAUUUCCUUGCUGUUAAGUUGAAAAGUGGCUCAGAGAAUUAUACAUUCUUUGCUCAAAUUUACCAAUUUGUACCAGUGCCAUCGUUAUUCUUCAUUGGACGCAAUGGUACACCUCUGGAAGUGGUAUGUGCGGGAGUUCAACCUGAACAAUUAGCCACUAGAAUUGAUCGCAUUUUGGAGGAGCAUCGCCAAGAAGAGAAACCAGGCUCAGUUCAACCUUCAACAUCAUCACAUAAUAUUAAAGAGGAAACUGUUAACUUCAUGCAAUCUGAAGCAGCCUCUUUGACAUCACAAUCUCAACCCAAACCUGUUGAAAAGAUUCCGGAUGUUGCUGCUAGUGUGCCACAGUCUGCCCAGAGUGUGCCGCAAUCUACCCCUACUGUACCAUCAUCUGUUCCUAGUGUACCACAAACAACUCCCAGUGUACUUCAGUCUACACAGAAAGAAAAUGAUGUAGAACCAGAAACCUCAUCAGGACCAGCAGCGAAGAUACAGAAGACGGAGCACAACGAGGUGACCCGCUCGGGUCAGGAGUUUGAAGUCAUUUGCGACGGUGACGUAUGCGUGAGGCGCCCCAAAGAGGAUCAGCCCGGUCCUAGCCAGAAGAGCGAACCUUCCCCCCCUGAGACCGCACCAGUGAUUGAGAACGAAAAUACCGCACUUGCCGAUGACAAGGUGUCAAGAGCACAGGAGCUUUUGAAUGCGCGAAGGAGAGAGAAGGAAGAGAUAGAAAAGGAGUUGGAAAGACAGAAAGAGAUGGACAGACGCGCAGUAGGACAGGGCGUCGCAGAGUUGAAAAAAUGGCAGGCUGAUCAAGAGAUGAAGCAGAUUCAGGAAGAGAGAAAACGGGAGAAGAAAGAGAACAAUCUGGCAAGACAACGCAUUUUGGAGCAGAUAGCUCAAGACAGAGCUGAGAGAAAGGCAAGAGAACAGCCAUUGCCAGCUCCGUCUGCGCCUGCGCAAGUAGUCCCGCCUUCGAGUGUAGGUGACAGUUCAGGUCGAGCACGCGUCCAGUUCAAACUGCCUGACGGCGAGGCCCACACAGCGCACUUUGACGUUACCGCUACCUUGGCUGAUGUACAGAGAUACGUCGCUGAGAAUCUGCAGCUUACCAGGUCGACGUUCUCUUUGUGGACGGCAUUCCCGCGGCGAGAACUAACUGAAGUAGACGCCACUCUGCAGGAGCUACAACUGGCGCCGUCCGCUGCUCUCCUGGUACUUCAGAGGAGGACUGAAACUGUUGCAGCCACUCCUAACAUGUUCGCAUCCAUCAUCACGUUCUUCACCCAAAUAUUUACGUCAAUGGUACUAGACCCAUCCUACCAACUGUACUCGUGGCUACGCAGCCGUUUCUUUCCAGCGCCCGCAAACAGACCUAUUACCCCCAACCCACCCACUAAUCCACCCGCACACCCCACCAACCCUGCCGGGAUAAGAAGACGGGGCAACAUACACAGGGUGACAACGGAUAGGGCGGACGAUGAUGACAACAACACGUGGAAUGGGAAUUCCACACAACAGAUGUAGGUAAUGCAUGUGUGGUGAAAAAAAAAGGAUUAUACCAACUUAAUAAUGUAUGGGCUAGAUAAUAAAAUACACCUACCAAUCUUGUAUUUGUUAAAAAAGGCAAUUUUUGUUAUAUUUUGACCUGGUUUCUUUUGUUAUUAUAUUUCACGAAAAGAGAGAGUAAUUCUGUUGUGAACUAAUAUUAAUCAAAGAUAUAUAGACAUUAAAAAAACAACGUCAUACGACACUGUCUCAACAGUUUGAGUGGAUAAAAUGACUGAAUUUAAUAACCGAUAUCGUUCGACAAACCUUGCACCUAUUGCCUUGCACCUGGUAUGCCUGAGAAUCGUUCGUCCAUAGUCAUUGCACGUGCGACGGACGCGCUCAUUAAGUGCGCGUGCGCGUACGCAGCCGUUGAUCCACCCUUAACAUUUAUUUUAAAUAUUUAAAAACAUCAAAUAUACUAACACUUAAAUUAAUAAUAAUAUCAUAGUGAAUAUACUGAGUAUACUGUGAUAGUAUUAAAAUAUCGUAUUCAAAAAACUACUAAUUAAAGUUAUCAGUGCUUGUGCAGUAUUAGAAUUAUUAUAAGUUACAAGAUCAGUUUUAGAACGUAGCUUAUUACCGCCUUAUCGACUAAGACGAGCCACCAAACAAUAUCAUCUUUAACUCCAUCAUCAGUCAUCACUUAAAGUCCAGAUUCCAAUUAAGGUGUAACUUGUAGUGGAAUAAAGAAAGAAAUACGCAAAUUUCAUCUUUUGUUUGGCGCGAUUUGGUUUAGUCGAUCAAAAGGCGUGCACGUGAAACCAUACUUAUCCGCUAUUGGUUGUUGCGUGGUGUGACAGAAAAAGCACGGCUUGCUUGUUGAAUUUAACAUACGAACGUAAAGCAACAAAGUCUGUGAUGCAUUUAUGUUUAGUUGGAUAUUAAUAACUCGUUUUUGAACUAAAGGAUAUUGCCGAUGUAACUUAUAAAAGUAUUUUACCGUGUAUACACACAGUAAAUACUACACUACACGUGUACUACAUACACAAUGUAUAAUAAAUUAUUAUGCAAUUCAUAUGUAUGUAUUAAAUUUUCACGAGUCACAUCAGCGGUCCUUUUAAUCUAUCCGAUCUUAAUUAUCUCUAGGCAAUAUUUAAAAUGUAUCGGCGGUUUUUAAAAGAGGGUUUGCGCGGGUCAGUUUACGUGUACAUGCAAGGAAUAAAAAACGGUCAAGUGCGAGUCGGACACGCGUGGAGAGGGUUAAUAUAUAUAUAAAUUGUAGUUAAGGCGUUAAAUUGCGCUUCAUGUUAGGCAGCAUCUGCA